AUGGAUGCCGGCACGAGUCACUUGGAGGUUUACACCCAAUCGAGCUCCGAAAAAGGUCUCUCCUCGGUCACUACUUUAAUUGUCGGUAGUAAAGCAGCAGUGAUCAUUGAUCCUCCUUUCUUGGUUCCAGAUGCAAAAGCGGUUGUCUCUAUGGCCAAAUCCAAAACUUCCAAACCCGUGGUGGCAGUCUUUGUUACUCAUCACCACCCAGACCAUUAUUUCUCGGCGAAUCCUAUUCUCGAAGCAUGGCCUGAAGCCAGAUUUCUCGCCCAUCCUUACGUGCGUGCCGGUAUUGACCGAGAAUAUGAUGAAAAGGUGGUCUAUUGGCCAACGGUGUUCGGUCAAGAAAAUGUCCCAGCUAAACCAAAGAAACCCGAAGUCUACAACUACUCCUUCUUCAUCCUCCCAGAUGACGAAGCAAGCCCAGUUGUCCUCCUUGGGCCUGUCCAGGGUGACUCUGUCGACCAUACCCUAUUUUGGCUGCCUCGAGAACGAAUUAUCAUCACUGGUGACGCGGUGUACGCUCGCACGACACAUGCGUGGGUGGAAGAAGUUGAAACGCCAGAAAUUCUAAACGCAUGGAAAUUGACAUUGCAACUCAUUGAGGCGUUGAACCCAGUCAAGAUCAUUACUGGGCAUAUCGAAGCUGGAAACGACUUUGACAAAGAGAAGGACCUUGCGCAUAUGCACAAAUACCUGGAGCUGUUCGAGGAAAAGAUCACGAAUGCUAAACAGACGCCGCAAGUCCAGGAGCUUUUCGAAACGUUCAAAAAUUCAUUUCCCCAGUGCUCGAAAAACCUUGAUUUCUUCCUUGGUCACCUAAGCAAUCAGUUUGGGGAAGGAGGAGAGAAGUGGGAGGAGAAUAGAAAGCAUCAAGUUGAAAACCGAACGAGUGAUAUACUGGAAGGAUUUCUCUUAGGAAGGAAAUCGACCAAGUAA